CAUCUAGCCACAUCCCUGGGAUCACUCAACAGCUCCGCCUCCUCGCCAGUGAUUGGCCGCCGGAACUGUAGCUCAGGAGAGGCACACAGGCGGCCAAUCACCGGCGAGGAGGUGGAGCUUGGAGAGGUGGAGCCGAGCAGCAGCGCGAAGAUCAAAGAAGAUUUAGCGAGGGAGCCGCCGGAGAAGGAAGACAGCUGACAGGUAAGUGUCUGUAGCGUAUGCUGGCUGUAGAAGGGAGAGGGAGGGAGCGAGCCCAGGCUGGAGCAGGAGUCAGCAAGGUAAGUAUCAUUGGUGUCAGUGGGAG